CGUUUCAAAGUUUAUUGAAAUUCGACAAACUAAAGAUUCGUUAAUAUGGAACGGGGAAGUUUUUUGCACUUGUCUUUAACGCUUGAUAUAUUUUUGACAACAAAACUAAUUUAUGAAAUCGUAUAUCAUAAAAUUUAAAUCAAAUACUACUGCUGUAGCUCCAGGUAGGAGCUUUCACUUGUACGAUAUUAAUAAUUCGACUAGUCCUGGCACAAAUUAACGCCAAAGAUGUCAUCGAACACAUCUGAAGCACAAGAUGGUGAGCCGUCAACGACAGAGGUAACACCACUGGCAAAAGAAAUGGAAGGUUCUGGUGAUCAAAAUCCCUCAACUGAUCAAGUUUACCUCAAGAGACAAUUAGGAUUGCUCAGCUGUACAAGUUAUAUCGUAGGAGGGAUCAUCGGGACUGGGAUUUUUGUCAGUCCAAAGGGAAUCCUCAGAGAGUCAGGAUCAGUGGGAUUAGCAUUGGUGUUAUGGGCAGUGUCUGGUGUAAUCAGUUUUCUCGGUGCUUUAUGUUUUGCCGAACUGGGCUUGACUAUUCGAUCAUCAGGGGGCUCCUACACGUACGUUAAGAAGGCGUAUGGGGACCUUGCGGGAUUCAUAUUCAUAUGGUUGGAGCAGUUCGUCAGACAGCCAGCGUCACAGGCUCUCAGGGCGUUGGCGGUCGGCCACUAUCUGGCUCAGCCAAUAUAUCCCACCUGUGUUCCGCCAUAUUUCGCCACACGCCUUAUCGGAGCUGUUGUCUUCUGUCUCAUCACACUAAUUAAUUGUGUGCGAGUGUCAUGGGGUUCUAUGUUCCAAGUGGUGACAACACUUGGAAAACUACUAGCAUUGGGUACGAUUGUGUGUGCUGGCAUGUACGCAUUGUCGCAAGGUGGAACAAAAAGAUUCGAAAACAGUUUUGAAGGCAGUACUUCCAGUGUAGGAGGUCUGGUCAUGUCCAUUUAUUAUGGUCUUUAUGCGUAUGCUGGAUGGGAAAAUAUGAACUAUGCAACUGAGGAAAUCAAAAAUGUGAAACGAACGUUGCCAUAUUCAAUCGUAAUAGGCCUAGUCAUUGUGACACUAACCUACAUAUUAGUGAACGUGUCCUACUUAGCUGUGCUGUCUCCCGAAGAACUCAUUAGUGUGGAUGCAGUAGCUGUGACGUUCUCACAGCGAAUGCUUGGGGCCGCCCAUUACUUAAUGCCAGUUUGCGUGGCCAUCUCCAUCAUAGGCAGCCUGAAUGCAUCUAUACUUGGCUGUAGCAGGGUGUAUUAUGUAGGAGCAAGAGAGGGUCAUCUACCGACACUUCUUUCCAUGUUACAUAUCAAAAGGCUCACACCUGUUCCAGCUCUGCUUUUGAACUGUGCUUUGACUAUUGCGUUAUUGUGUGCCCCUUCGUUGACAUCUUUGUUGGACUACUACGUCCUUAUACGAUGGGGCUUGCUCUCGAUUGCCACCUCGACAAUUCUUUACUUCAGAUGGAAGUUACCUGACAUUCCUAGACCGCUUAAGAUACCUCUUGUGAUUCCAAUUACAUUUCUUAUAGCAUGUGCUUUCCUCGUUGGUGUUGCUUUCUACAGGGAGCCUAUCAACUGUCUUAUUAGUAUCGGAAUAGGGGCUAUAGGAAUACCAGUUUACCUUAUAUUGGUUGCCGUGAAGAAAAAGCCACAAAUAAUAUAUAAGGCGAUAGAUACAGUAACUGUUUUUUGCCAAAAGCUGCUCAUGUGUGUGCUGCCAGAUGGCUUUAUAGACAGUGUGUAGAUGUUGACGGCACGAAGAGAUAAACCUUAUUGUCAAAGGCGUAAAUUCUCCCUCUGUCUUUCCAUUUUAUAAUGUAUAACCCGUAACUUUCUAAGACAAUAAUAAAAUAGUAAAAACAAACUAAAA